AGAUAGCCGUUGACGUCAAAGAAAAUCCGAGGCCGCAUGUUGUCAGUCGAGUUUCUCAACUUCCAGUGGAAGGUUCUACUUGUAUUUUUUGCCCGACUGUUGUUUUCAAAGUCGGCAGCCCUUCCCUAUCUGACUGGCGGAAAAUGCUUUGACGGGAAAUCUUCUGAUAUAAAACUUCUUUUAUACGUUUCUCUUUCCAGUGUCGUCUGGAACAAUGUUCUGACGUGUUCCUCGGAUAACUCCUCUCCUGCUGCUGCACUGCGCACUUAAACAAAGCUUUACACCUGAAAGCUUUGCCAAUUGUGAAAUCGACGACAACUACUCAUUCGAUAAUGAGUAUUACACGGACGCUUGUGUUCUUUGUGCUCUGUGUGGCAGCCAGCGAGCUGGCCACCAACAUUGUAGCACUGAGCGAAGUUCCUUUGCAUGGCCACUCCACCAUCCAGUAUGUGGACAAUCCUGUCGGAUCAUCUCCUGGUGUUGUCACUUUGCCAUCUGCAGUUCAUCAUGCCGAAGACAGAUCAGGCCUAGCUGAUGCUGUAUCUUCUCCAUCUGUAUCGACCGGUGAUCACCCUGUAGAUGGAGGCGUUCAUCCUCCUGCCGAUCCUGGAACUGCUGGUGGACACGGAGGAGGUCACGGAGAAGGCAUCCACGUCUUCACAGCCGAGUUUGCUCGUGUCGAAAUCCCCUUCAUCAUCUCACUAUGGAUUUUCUGCGCCAGUCUGGCAAAAAUUGGUUUCCACAUGGCGCCAAAAUUAUCUUCAAUCUUUCCCGAAUCCUGUCUUCUCAUCGUGGUCGGGAUCGUCAUCGGCCUGCUGCUCUUCCACACCAACAGCGCCGGGGUUUCGCCAUUAACACCGACGACCUUCUUCUUUUACAUGCUGCCUCCCAUCAUUCUCGACGCUGGAUAUUUUAUGCCCAAUCGACUCUUUUUCGACCACCUGGGGACUAUUCUCCUUUUCGCCGUUCUGGGCACCAUCUGGAACACUGUCUCUAUCGGCCUGGCUCUCUGGGGUGUUGGUCAGACUGGCCUUUAUGGCUUCGACUUGCCAUUGCUCGAUACGUUCCUAUUUUCUGCACUCAUCUCGGCUGUCGACCCGGUCGCUGUGCUCGCCGUCUUCGAGGAAAUCCACGUCAAUGAAAUUCUCUACAUUGUCGUCUUUGGCGAGUCUCUGCUUAAUGACGCCGUCACUGUCGUUUUAUACAACAUGUUUGACGCCUACGUCGGCAUGGGCCAAGAAAACAUCAAAUACACCGACAUUUUGUCUGGUUUCGCCUCCUUUAUUGUGGUGGCGAUUGGCGGUACUCUUAUUGGCAUCAUUUGGGGCUUCCUCACGGGUUUCGUCACCCGUUUUACCAACCACGUUCGCGUCAUCGAGCCCAUCUUCAUUUUCGUGAUGAGCUAUUUGGCUUACUUGAACGCUGAAAUCUUCCACAUGUCUGGCAUUCUAGCAAUCACAUUUUGCGGCAUCACCAUGAAGAAUUAUGUUGAAGGCAACAUAUCUCCCAAAUCGCACACAACCAUCAAGUACGCCAUGAAGAUGCUGAGCAGCAGCUCGGAGACCAUCAUCUUCAUGUUCUUGGGUGUUAAUACCGUCAAUGACCAACACGACUGGAACACGGCCUUCAUCUUGCUGACGAUUCUCUUUUGUUCAGUCUUCCGAGCGAUUGGCUGCAUCGUGCUGACGGAGGUGGCCAAUCGUUUCCGUUUGCAUAAAUUAAAUCACGUUGAAAAGUUCGUCAUGUCGUACGGAGGAUUGCGUGGGGCUGUAGCCUUCGCUCUGGUCCUACUCGUCGACCCAAACAAGGUCAAGAAGCAACCGCUUUUCGUCACGGCCACAAUCUCCGUUGUUUACUUCACGGUCUUCUUCCAGGGAAUCACCAUCAAACCCUUGGUCAAAUAUCUUAAAGUGAAACGAGCCAACAAGUUUGAAAAGACCAUGAAUGAACGAUUGCACGAGAAGCUCGUGGAUUACACCAUGGCUGGAAUGGAAGAUAUUCUCGGCCAUACAGGAAACUUGAAGAUCCGUGAUAAGUUUAAACAGAUCGAUAAUAAAUACAUCCGGCCGUGUCUGAUCCGAGAGCAUGCCGCUCACGAACCCAAAAUUUUGGAGACUUACUCAAAACUGACUAUGCGCGAUGCUAUGGAUUUUAUGCGGCGCAAUGCAACUUCUUCCAAUUUGACUGGCGGCAACUCUGAAUCGAUGGCCGUCCUCUUCCGUAAUUAUACCGCAAACAAUUUGAACGGCAGUGCAAGCAUGGCUCAAAUGGAUAACGGAUGGAAUUUGGACAUUGGAGAGUUGGCGUACAGCCCAUCAGCUCGCGACCUUUCAGACGCCAAAGUCCAUCACAUGCUCUCGGAAGAGUUAUGGAAGCCGUAUCGAAGGAGUUCCCGCCGGCUCAGCUACUCACGUCACGCCGUGAAUGACCACGACCUGUCAUCGUCCCAUCACGUUAAUCACAAUAUGCAUAUGCACAUCCGGCGGAUGGUCAGUGAGACUGUACGCAAGCAGCAUUCCAAACGUGUUAAACGCCACCGGGAUCCGCAUGCAAACGGAAGUGGAGAAGGCGGGUCCCGGAAUGGCACAAAGUCUGUCUCGUUCAAACCGCUCAAAGAAAACGGUCUGGAAAAGAAGUUACACGAUGAUUAUUUGCACGCGGUAAUCAAAGAGGUAUCUGAAGCGGAGGAGAGGAAUACUUCAUUGGACGAUGUUGGAGCACAAGCCGCUGGAAGCUCUGAAGAUCUGGAUGGCGAUGGUGCUGGGAUUACCUUCAUCGCACGAAAAGCGUCUAUCGAUCCAGUACUGUACAGCUACGAGUCGGCAAUGGCCGAAUUGAUUAACAAUCAGCAAAUGGCACUGGCUGGUUUGCUGGCCGCCAGCGCCCUGGCCCAUUUGCCAGUUCAACCGGAAUUGUCACCCAUCAGGUCGCCUGACCUGCCGCAAUCAUCAGAAACUCCUCGUGGAAAACGACUUGAAGUCGAUGGUAAAGGUGCCAUUAAAAAAUCACCUGCAGCGCCAUCACGUCAAAUUCCCAGCAAAUCUAAACCCAUUCUCGGCUAUGCCGAACCGGCCACCGGAAUUCCGUCGGGCGUGCUGGAGCAGGCGAGACUCCAGCAGCAUCGAUUGCGCUUCCUGUUGGAGAGACAGAGACAAUCGCUUAAACGCGUCAUUUCACUCGGGGAAGCUCAUCCGUCUACACCGACGGCCGCCGAAAUGCAGCUUCCAUGGAAGCGAGACGACGCUGACGACAUGUCCACGUUUGCCAUCAAGCAGAGCGAAUUUCCGCUUUGGGUAGACAAUAAAGAGUACAACAACUACUACUCGCCUACCAACACUUUCUUAGGAGAGCUGGACAAGAAGAAAUCCCAACACCCGUCGGUCAUAGAUAUUUUUACUAGGGAGCAUCGCACGGCGGAUUUGUCGGAGCGUGGCGAAAACACCCUAUCACCCCCGACUUCUUUUGACGUCACGGUGACCAUACCGGAGGAAAUCUCCAAAGAAGACGAAGAAGCCGAGGCGAAUCAGAAAACAUUUACAAAAUGACAAAAAUUGCCAUGCCUAAAUUAGGAAGAGAUCAACGAAGAGUCUCUAUUUGUUUAUAUAAUCUUAACAGUUUUUUCUUCCAUUCAUUUAACGUUUGACACAAAAAAAAAGAAGAAGAAGACUAGGAAUGGAACGGAAUAUUCCUCUCAUUCUCUGAUUAAUAGCCCUUCUUUUCCCCCCAUCUGAUCCUUGAUCUGCCUUGAAUGAGUGCAUUAGUUCUUAUUAAUGAUUUGUGACAAGUCACUUCUUCUAUGUUAUAUUCAAAAGAGUGAACAUGGGAAAUAAGCCUAUAUUGUUUGUAUUGCGGUUUAAGGGUUGUGACCGAAAGUACUGUCUUGAUUUUCAAAACACAUCAGCGCAAAUAAGCUUCCCGGAAUUUCUCAUCAGUCGUUUUAUUUUUUUUUCUUUCUUUAGAAAUCUCAUUUUCUAUUCAUUUUCUGAAAUGCAGAAGCCACAAUGUAUUCGCAUAGAAUUUUUUAAACGUACACAUUCCCUUCUCCUAUCCCCUCCCAAUUUAUAUUUUUGUCCGAUUCUUUAACACCGUUCUCUGCCAGAUUCGAAUGACUAAUUCUCAUCCAUUCGUGUGCCCAAUUUAGAUUUCCUGUAAAGUUACUGGCCUUCGCAUUUGAUUUAUUACGUAGUUGGUAGUUGAUGAGGUGUGAGACUCCAUGGAAAGAGUUUUGAUCCGCACACAUAAAAUCUUCUCAGCUGAUGCAGCUACGUUCUUCCUUAUAGUUGAGAAAAAAUAAAAGUGAUUCCUUAA